AUGUCAUCUAUAUAUUCCGAACAUUCCACUCCUAAGUGCAAAAGUAAAUAAGAGGCUAAUCUUGACAAAAUACAUCACAAAACAAUAACAAAAUAAAAAAAGUUAACUCUCUAAAUAAAGAAAAAAUCAGAACAAUCUAUUAUUUUAGCUUAUCAAAAUAAUAGAAAACUGAAAUAAUAGACUUAUGAAAUUACUCAUACAAAAUAUUUAGAUCGAUCAAGUGGUUCAAUUCAAAACAAUCUGAUUCCUUUGGGAAGAUUACAUAUUGAUGAAUUUACUAUAAAUAAUAAAAUCUUGGAAAGGAAAAUUACCCCAGAGUUUAUUGAGUGUAAACUAUCUCCAACAAACAUUUAAGAGGAAGAAAAUGGCCUUUAAAAAAACAAUAGUUUUUAUUAAUAUGAAUUAUUACAAUUAUACAAUAGUUUACCAGUACAUGCUUAGUAAUAAAAUGAAAGGAAAAGAUAUGAAGAAUUAUUGAAUCUACCUUAUGAAUGUAUCACUUUGUCAUUUCAUAAUAACAAACUAAUAAAAAUUUAGAAAAAAUGGAAUUAUGAUUUUCUUAGAAUGAUGGGAAUUAAUCAAGAAAUAAUUGAUGAUUAUAUAUUUAAUCAUAAUCUGUUACCUAAAUGUUGGGAUCUAAAUAAAAUAUUUUAGAUUAAUGGUGAGACUCGUUUUGCCACAAAUAUCAAAAAUUAUUAGGGAGAAGAAUUCAUUUGUCAUUUUGAAAUAAAAAUAUUUACAGAAUAAAAUAAAAGUACAUCAAUUAAAGAAUAAGUCAUUUAUUUUUCAUUUUAAUGUGAAAGACGAUUCCUUAGUGUUGAGAAACUAUAAACAAAUUUCUAACAUUAUUUUAAGUUGGAUUAAAUUACUUCUGAUUGGUAAAUGUCAAUUCAUAGAUCAAAAAUUGUAAAGAGAUGUUCUAUUAGAACAAAAGCUAAUUGA